AUGUCUGAACGUUUGUCUGCGAAUAGCCGUGACGUAAUAUCAAUCAUAAUACCAGAAGAUCCAGACGAUAAUUUAAAUAUCGACCAACUGACAUUGGACUUUAGACGUCAACUUGGACGACUUAUACAACGAAGUCGCUUUAAUAAACUAGAAAACAACCGUUUUCGCUAUGCGCCAAAUGAUACAACAACGUUGCUAAAACAAAAAAAAACAUUAAAAGACCAUCGUCAAAAAUUAAACAUCGACAGAUAUUUAAUUUCAAAAUUUGAUCGAAGAACUGAUAGUCGUUAUAAUAGACAAGGUACAAAGCAACCAUUUUAUCGGAGUAAUUUAUUGAAACGUUUAUCGUCAAAAAGGCGAGGUAACGUUUUGCAGAAUAAACGAAAGAUGCGAGAAAAUAAAUGGAGGCAUAUAAAUAACUUCAGUCAAAGUAGGUUGGUCAAUAAUAAUAUUAACAAAAAUAACCAAAGCUCAUUAGAUGUUAUUGAUGUGGAAAAUAAUUCAGUAAAUAAAAGAAAUUCUUUUGCGUUUAAUUACCGCAAACGAAAGUUACAAAGUAACAAAGUAUUGUCGAAUAACAAAGUCAACAAUUAUAUGAUUUUGAACCCUGAGGAUGUAGAAUUUAGUACCUUGCAAAAAAGUAAUUCCAUUCCUGAUUGUUUAAGAAAAAUCGAUGAAAACGGUAAGGAAUACUUAUUAUGUUUUAAUGGAUCAGCGAUUAAUUUAUCUGAAACAAUGAUGAGAACUAUCAAAAAUAAAAAUUAUAUUUAUGAUAGAGAGAAUAAUGUUAACACUAAUAAUCCAUCAUUGAAUGAUAAAUCUCAAAAAAAAGUUUAUCCGAUAAAUAUACAGGUAAAUGAUUAUAAAGAAAUUGAAAAAAUUCUACAAAAUCCAGAGACCAUUUUGAAGCGUAUAAAUCCGUUAGAUAUAGAAAAAAAUAAUAAUAUUAAUAUUAAUGAAAUUAAUAACAAAAAAAGUAGAGGGACUCAAAUAGAUGAUAAUUCCGAAAAUAAUGAUAUAAUCAAGUUGAAGACAUCAAAUAGUCAACAAUUAAAAACAGAAGAUUAUUCAAACGAUCGGGUGAGUGAUUUUCUAUCGGAUAAUGCAAGACAUUAUGAUUCAAUUAAUAAUCAAGCGACUUAUCUACGGAAUGCUUCACAGUUAGACUUUGAUAAUAAAAAUUUUCCGCUGAGAAUUUCAAGAUCUGUUAGUAAUAAUCAAUUUUCAAAAACACCAAUGAUUCACGCACGACAACGCAGUGAUAAAUUAAUUAAGCAUAAAUUACCUGUAAAAAAAUUUUGGACUGUUGAAGAAGAAUAA